UUCACUCAGCAGAUGACGUCAGCGUAGCUCUGCCUCUGACAUUGCACAGCAGUGCCUUUGCUGCGCUCUGUGUAUCUCCCGGCUGGUGAUUUGCCCCUGGAUUAAUAUAUAAAAUCCUACAGGAUGGGAGCCCCGGAAUAUUGGAGCUGCGAUCUCAGCCUCCUGCUGUCGCUAAUAGUGGUAGUGACUGCAGUCAGUGCAGGAGAUCCAUUUGACGCCCAGCUAGGAGACAUCACCUCCUGCAGCCAGCAGUGUCAGCUCACCUUCAAGCUGAAGAUCUCUUCUGAAGAUGAUGUUCUUGGUGCCUGUUACAGAGGAUGUAGACUUUUCUCCAUCUGUCACUUUGUGGAUGUCACUGCUGAUUUCAACAGCACAAGAGCUGAAUGCGAGUCAGCCUGUGUUGAAGCCUAUGCCAAAACAGAUGAGCAAUAUGCCUGCACCACUGGGUGCAGAAAACAACAUGCUGAAGUUGAAAAUCAGAAGGAAAAGAUGCUGGACCUCCGACUUCCUUCAUCUUUUUCCAUGUUUGACCUGAUCUCUGGCUUCUGCAGUGACAUUGUCAGCUCAGCGCAGAGCUUCAUCUCUUCCACCUGGACUUUCUACCUGCAGUCUGAUGACGGGAAAGUGGUAGUAUUCCAAUCUCAACCAGAGGUAGAGUACCCAGUGCUAGAGCUGCAAGCUCCACGAUCAGAGGUCACUGAUAAGACUUGGCUUUCUUCCCGAUUUAACACCCUGAAGCCACACUCAGGUUUUCGAGACAAAAUGGAGAAGAGUUCAGGAAAGGAAUCCAAAGUGAAACACAAGUCAUCUCAUAUGGAAGUUCCGCAGUCAGAGCAUGAUAUUCUGGGUUGCAUGUCCAAACGCUCAGGAUUACCACGCUGGAUCCUGGCUGCAUGCCUGUUCCUGUCCAUUAUGGUGAUGCUCUGGCUCAGCUGUGCUAGCUUGGUGACUGCUCCUGAUCAACACAUAAAGGCACAGCCACUGAGCAUAAAUGGUGACAAGGAAUAUCUGGACGACAUGGAGAAACCAGACACCUUUCCACUGCCUCCUGUUGUUGCUGUUACCAUCUGUCCUACUGAAGAGAGUGAGGAGGCCGGACCACUGCCGUUGAAAGUUGACCUAGACAAAACCAUUAUCUAAGCAGUCUUUUAUACACCUAUUAGUGCUAGAAGAGGUGCACCACAAUCCAUUAAAAGGGUUUAUUGUCUCGACA